AUGGUAAGUUAUCAACAAUCACCACCAAAACGAUCCUCCACGGGUCCUAAAGAGAAGCGAACACGCCAGUCUAAACUCGCCAAAGAGAACGGUAUAACCGGCGAUGAAGAAGCGGAAAUCAAAGAAGCGUUCCAUCUCUUCUCUACAAAAAGCGACGACUAUCCUUCAGAGAAGGAAGGCGUAAUUAAAACCCAAGAUGUUCGGCACGCGAUGAUAGCCCUCGGCAUCUCACCCACAGACCAAAAAGAACUAGCCUCCAUCCUCUCUGCGGUCGACCCCACCGCCACCGGCUUUGUCCCGUACGAACCAUUCCUCUCCGUCUGCGCAUUGAAGCUGCACUCUCGCGACGAAGACGCCAUCUUUGCUGAAGUCGAGCAUGCGUAUAAACUGUUCACGCGCGGGACCGCGGGGCCCAUAUCUGUGGCACAUUUAAGGAGGGUGGCGAGGGAUUUGAAGGAGGAUGUUAGUGAGGAGCUGUUGAGGGACAUGGUGAGAGAGGCCAACGGUGGGGAUGGAUUGCAUGCCGGUGUCUCGUUGGAGCAGUUUAGGGAGGUCAUGGUGAGGGCGGGGGUGUUUUGA